AUGGAGAGGACGGGUUAGGUUGCGGCAGCUCUCAUGUAGCUUGGGGAGCGAGCCUUGUGCUUGCUUGCUUGUCUGCCUGCCUACUUACCAACGAAUCCUGGUGAGCGGGUGAUGGAUCCGAUGGCUCGGUACCUCUUGUCUGUCUGGGCUGCGCGUUGUUUCGGUGUUUGCUUAUGCUGUACGCGCGGGAUCAACACGGACGGAUGGGCUGGCUGUCGCCAGUACCGUAUCUGCUACUCCUUGCUUCUGCCUCCUUGCUGCUUGCUUCCGCCUGAAGAACGAAGGGUUCGGUCUGGAGCAACUGUGCGAAUCGCUCCGUCUUGCUGCCCGUUGUCAUGAUUGUCCAAUCCCACUAGGCAGGCUUCGCAGGUGUGGAUGAGGUGCCAGCGGCAUGGGCCCUGCUGGUCAAAACUGCUGCAGCCC